GCUCUCAGUGCCGAGGCGGGAGUCCUCCGCUUCUCUCCCGAUGGGCUCCUGGCGCAGCCGCUGCGCGCACUGAAGCGCCCCGGUCGGGCGGGGAAGCCGCGGAGCAGCGAUCGCCGCCCCAGCAGCAGGAUGGCUCACACAGUUUCUACUUUGGGAGUUCUGUUGCUUUUACUUGGUCUCCUGGUUUUUACAACAGAAGGAGGCAAGAGGAACCGUGGGUCACAAGGAGCCAUCCCUCCUCCUGACAAAGACCAGCCUAAUGAUUCAGAACAAAUGCAGAAGAAGCUGGGCUCCAGAUCCCGGGUCAGGGAUCGAGUAAAAAAGCCAUCUGCUGAGGAAGUCCUGGAAUCAAGCCAGGAGGCACUGCAUGUCACAGAGCGCAGGUACUUGAAACGGGACUGGUGCAAAACCCAACCGCUCAAGCAAACCAUCCGUGAAGAAGGCUGCAACAGCCAGACCAUCAUCAACAGAUUCUGUUAUGGCCAGUGCAAUUCAUUCUACAUCCCAAGGCAUAUCCACAGAGAGGAAGGCUCUUUCCAGUCCUGUUCCUUUUGCAAGCCGAAGAAAUAUACUACCAUGUUAGUGACACUGAACUGCCCAGAACUUCAACCCCCCAGUAGGAAGAAGAGGAUCACACGAGUGAAAGAAUGUCGCUGCAUAUCCAUAGACUUAGACUAAAAGAUGCCAUUAUACCUCCUGAAGAACAAGUGCCUGUUAGACUGCCAAGUGGGGACGCAAACAAAAGAGAACCACAGCAAACCAAUGUCUGUUAUCUGUGUGCAAUUAUGAAUUUAUACAUCCUACGAAAGCAUGCUCUGGAAUGACACAACCACUUAUGCCUGUAACCCUAUUCCUAGGUUGAAUAACUCACUAAUUCACCAUAUGACAGGAGUCUUGCACUUUGGUUGGUGGUUUGUUUUCUACCAGAAUCGAUGCCAUUGAUUAUUUGAAGUCUGUGUUGACAGUGAGGGCAUUAAUAUGUUAUGGAUAUUGAAAAUAUCUUCUGAAGAAAAUGUUAAAGGAUGUAGUCAUAUACAAUUUUCAAAAGCUGUUGAUUAUACUCAAUUGCAUUAUAAUGAUAAAUGGUGCCAUUAGAAUAGGUAAGUAGGAAGGGUGACUGGAAAACACAGCCAUGCUCUGGAGUUAUAAGAAAGAAGAAUAUGAAAAGCUGAUAUCCAAGAGAGGAGGUAAAGACAGAAGAAAAUGCAAAGAAAACUUAAUACAGUAAAGAAGAAGCAUCAUGCUUCAUCACUUUAUUGAUGCUUGUGAAUGUAUUUAAUAUAAUUUUAACUACAAUCUUGCUAUAUUCUGCAAGACUAGCUGUAAUAUUUCAUUUGGCAUUUUGUUUUUUUAUUGUGGUUUGUAAUGCUUGUCAACAGCUUUGUGGUUUUUUCUGCCUAGUCUUUUUGCUGGUCUGAAAAUUCCUGUUUCUGCUGUGCUUUUUAAAAAAAGUUUUGCAUGUGUUUUAUGCUCUCUAGUGGUUGAUUUGAUAAAGCAAAAGAUUUAAUCUAGUUAAUUUCCCUGCUGAUUUAAGCAGCAGUUUUUUUCUCUUGAUUAUAUCAGGCAUGAUAUCAAAUGGACCACUAGAGGGAGCAAAACACAUGCAGAACUUUAAAAAACACCAAUAAAACAGAAUGCAGGAAAGCCCUGUAUGUAUCAAUGUACAUCAACUCAAAGUAAUUCAGUAAAAGAUGAUGAAACAAAAAAAUAUUAAAACAAGAAUUAUAGGACUUUAAAUGCUACAACUGUGUGAACAUUACCAACAGGGCGAUCUUAGCAUUGCCACAGACAUGCAGUUUGGAGGGGGAGAAGAGAGAAAGACACUAUUUUACCAAGAUAAAACCAUAGCAAGAUGGAUUAUAAAUAAUGUAAAUAAAUAACAUAGACUAGAAUUUGGAAUAAGGUACAGUGAUAGUGUGUACAGGGUCCAUUACUACCCAAACUUGAAUGAAAGUAUUGCAUGCUGGAAUUUUGAUAAAUACCCCUUGUUAAAUUCAAGCCCAUGGAAAUUAUUAGGCGAGCCCGGUAGUGACCCAGAAAAAAAAAAUGGCGAUAAGAGGGUGACAUCUGCCUGAGAAAUAAUGCUUCUCUUUUUCAUACUAUUUAAAGAGAUCUGCUUACUCCUCUGCCUUCCCUUAUUUCAUUCAGAUAAUGUAAUAUGCUUUAAGUAUGGAAAGGACUCUGUCAGGAAGGAUGGGCACUAAUUUUUAUCUCCUCAGCAAUGCAUUUUACUUGAGCCUUGCAUCCAAUAUGAUGUGAUUUACAAUUGGUUAAUUUUAUUUCAUGUACAACACCCUCUCUGAUUAAAUCCUGUCAUAUCCCGUGUUAGGAUGCCUUGACUGACUCUCCCGUUUCUCAUUGACCAAAACAGUGAUCUCUAUUAUGUUUUCUAAAACUGGAAACCACAACUAUGUCCCACUUGCUUAGCAAGUCAACAGUUAGAUAACUUCCAACUGCAUGGAAAUAUAGAAGGCCCACGGUGCCUUUCUGCUUUCUAUGUGGGUGGAGCCUACUAACAAUUCAUGCAGUCACAUGCAGUACUUCUGAGAGGCAAUCCCUGAAUCAGUGGUAGACCAGCUUUACCCUGGGACCCAUGCAAGGAAAGGGAAGGAGAGUACAGGCAUGCUACUUAUUUUUUGUUCUUGAAAAUUAAUUUUGUUAGAACACAGAAAGUGCCAAAAAUAUGUCUGGCAUAUUAAGCAUUGAGGCCACUCCUGUUUAGUAGCCACACAUGUCAAAGUGAAAUAACUGCCUUUCCAGUUGUUCUCUUUUCUGUGCUAUGGCUCCAGUCUUGUUCUAGCCAUGCCCAACAUUCAGGGGUCUUGGAUGAGUAUGCACAUUUCUGUAUACAGGAAAUCUUCCUCUGGUCAUCUUGUGUGAAAACUGUCUUCUUUGUGCAGAUCUUUUUUGCUUGAUUGGAGUGAAGGGCUUUACUGCAAGAUUCUCCCCUUUGUCGAUGCCAGCAGGAGAUUGCAAGGUUUCCCUUUCUUGUUAAUAUCCCCCACUGAUUCACUUUAACUAAAUGUUUUCAGGCCUCAUUUCUUUGCAGAUUAUUUUUAAAAACACGAUUUCUGAGUCACAGGAGAUAAUUUCCACUGUGUGGAAUGUGAAUAGUUAAGCAGAAUAUUUAAUGGUAUUUCCAUUUGCAUAUUGUCAGAGGGGUUUCCUCUAACUUUUUUCCCAGGACAGAUUGAAAACUCUCCUCUCUUUGAAAUAUUGAGAGGUUUAUACUAGUUCUUGCUUCACUUCUUCUAUUUGGUAUACAGCACACAAAGCAAUAUAGAUGUCAGGCUUUUAAAAAUGUAAUAUUUUAUGCAGGAUAAUACUUUUGAAGCAAGACUUCUACACAACAGGAGGACAUUGAUUAUCUAUGCAAAAAUAAUCAAAUAAUGCCUUCAGACAAAAAGUAUAGAUUUUUUAAAAUAAAGGCUUUCUUGAAUGAGUUUAAGAGCAAAAAAGAAUUUGAUUUUAAACCUAUGUAUUUAAAUGCCUGUCUUUUUUUCUUGAAGAAACAAGUUUAAAGCCAUUAUGAGUUCUUGUAGAGAUCCACAAUGCAAAAAUUGGUUUAAAAAAAUAAAUGUUUCUUUUGUAACUAAA